AAUUUGGUCCCCUGCUUGCCCAGAUGAAAGCAAAACAUGGUAUUUUGUUCAUUGUUUAGACAUUUUUAAACAAAGAAAUGGCGUGGAAAAGCAAAGGCCCCCAUCUCCCCCCGGCUUCACUACACCUCCUCGUCCCGCCAGUGAGACUCAUGUCUGCCUUCAUGUGGCAGAUAGUGCAGCAGCACAGUGUUCUGCAGUACGACCAACUGCUGGACUUCAUCAGUGUGGCCACAGAGACCGUCCCGGAGCUGCUGAGCCCCGGCCGGAGAGCGAGGCUGCUCCUGGGCCUGAGAGCCAGGCUGGUCCUGGAGCUGUGUCGGAGUGAUGGGGGGGCCCAUCUGCAGACCAUCCAGAGCCACCUGGAUCAGAUCCAGGCCUGCAGCGCUGAGCUGAGCUCCAGCGAUCAGACGGCCAGUGGAGAUAUACUGAAGACCUCUUUCACUAACUUUGCCGCACUGGUGCAGAACCUUUUAAACGUUCCUUUUGAAAAGGAGUUCUUCUUCCAGGAGGUGUUUCCUGUGAACUACGGCUCUGACUACGACCACAGGCUGCAGCAGCUGGUGUCUGACUUCCUGUCCCGGCUGGAGCAGCUGUUGCCCGUCCCGGACCUGCAGCAGACAGCAGCAUGGCUCACAGAAACAACAUCUGUGUCCAAAGACUUUGGACAGCAUCUGUCCAACCCGUUGGCCCUGAACACUCUGCUGCUCCAUCACAGACAGAUGGGGACUCUGGGCUCUGCUCCUUCCAGCAGUGAGGAGGAUAUCCUUCUGUCCUCUCUGGCCCUCCCUGCUCACACUGCUGUGGAGGAGAGGCUGUCUGAGGCUUACAGUGAGGAAGAGGACUAUGACCAUGAGGAAGAGACCCUGACACUGGAAGAUUUAGAAGAAGACUCGGGUCAAAGCUCAGCCGUCACUGCAGGCGAUUGGUUGCCGAAAAGAGAAUCAGGUUCCCUGUCCCGUUUCUUUGCCUGCCCUCAGUGUUCUUUCACCCACUGCUUAAAGAGGAAGGUCCAAGAGCACAUUCAGAGUGGGCACCCCAUUAAAGCCCCCCCCCAGAAAAAACUAUUUGUGAAGAAAGCCAGAGCAAAGUCUCAGCAGAAAAGUGCAGAUGAAAAAACUAAAGUAGAAGUCAACUCUGAGAAAAAGAGGACACUCAAACCAAAAGGAGGAGUUGAUAAAAAGCGGGAACGUAAGCCAAAGAAGAACAACUUAGAAAACAAGGAGCGACGUAAACGGAAAGAGCCCACGGUGGAAGACAAACGCUUCCUGAGCACCAGGCCCGUCAACAAGAAGUUCACCGAGGAGGAAACCAAGUGCCUGAAGUGUGAAAAGGUCUUUGAACUUCCCAAUCAACUGAAGACUCACAUGAAGCUCCACAGCUUUGCGUACUGCUGCAUCCAGUGUGAGAAGGGCUUCAUCAGCCCCUCGGGGUACUACCAGCACCAGAGGCUCCACAGGAAGGGGCGGGUCUUCUCCUGCAGCCAGUGCAACAAGAGCUUCCUGUGCAGCUACUCUCUGAAGCAGCACCAGCGGCUGCAUGAAGGCCCCUCCAACCUGUGCACCGUCUGUGGGAAGGGCUUCAGCAAGACGGGGAUCACCAGACACAUGCAGAUGCACCGAGGGGAGAAGAACUUCCUGUGCACCACAUGUGGGAAGUGCUUCCUGUCCUCCGGGGAGCUAAUGCUGCACACCCGUUCCCACACGGGCGAGAUGCCCUACACCUGCACCCACUGCGGGAAGGGCUUCUCCACCAAGAGCCACCUGAACGUGCACACACGCUCGCACACCGGGGAGCGCCCCUACCUCUGCUCCGAGUGCCCCAAGCGCUUCCUCACUCUGAACUGCCUGAAGAGACACAAGCUCAGCCACACCGGGCUGAAACCCUUCAAGUGUCCCAGCUGUGAGCGAGAGUUCUCCCAGCAGGGGAACCUGAAGAGGCACCUGGGAACCCACAAACCUGACACGUGAUAGCAGAAUGUAGUCAUCACACCUUUGCACAGAAGCUGUGCAAAGUCAAAAUAAACUUUAUCAUAAACAUUUUAUUGUUUAAUCAGUAACAAUUUGAAAGUAAAGUAUAUGUAAUUACUCUGA